AUGUCAAUAUCCGACACGACAACAAAUCAAAAUCCAGUAUCAGAUCAAAAAUCUGAUGUCAAUAAAAAUAAACAACAAGAUCAAGCCAGUUCGGGCACUGAUAAUCCUAAACAAGUCAAUGGUAAAACUGUCAUUGAAACAAAAAUAACUGGCAGAGUCAAAUGGUUCAAUGUUAAAAGUGGAUAUGGUUUUAUUCAACGAGAUGAUAACAAUGAAGAUAUUUUUGUUCAUCAAACGGCUAUUAUUAAAAAUAAUCCUCACAAAUACUUACGUAGUGUUGGUGAUGAUGAAAAAGUCGAAUUCGAUAUUGUUCAAGGCGAAAAAGGUCACGAAGCUGCAAAUGUAACUGGUCCUAAUGGAACUGCUGUACAAGGUUCAAAAUAUGCAGCUGAUGUAAGACCAAAUAAUAUACGAGACAAUUUUCGAGGUGGACGUGGCGGAGAUCGACCUCCAUUCCAUAAUCGAGGAGGACCUUUCCGUGGUCGAGGAGGACCUUUCCGUGGCCGAGGAGGAUUUUUCCGUGGUCGUGGAGCACAUUUCAAUGUUGGUCCAGGUGGUUUUGAUCCAGGUUUUGCUCAACAAUUCGGUAAUUAUGGUCCACCACCAAUGGUUGGACGACCACCACGUGGUUUUGGUGAACCAAUGUUCAGAGGUCGUGGACGACCACCGUUUCGUGGUAGUUUUGAAUUCGAUGGACAUUUUGCAGGUCGAGGACCACGCAUCUUUCGCGGUCCUGGUGGUCCUAUGAUGGGAGGUCCUAUGGGUCCCAUGCACGCUCCAAUGGGUCCACCAUUCGGUGGUGGCUUCCAUGGUCGUGGUCGAGGUCGUGGCCGUGGUCGUGGCCGAUUCUUCCGAGGAGCUCGCCAAGGAGAUCGUUUUGAUUCAAAUAAUGCUAAUAACAAUGAAAAUCAAACUGGUGGACAAGAUGCUGGUCAAUCAUCAGUAUAA